CCGGAAGUCCCGUGUGCGGAGGUUCCGUGUUUUCUGGGCUACUACGAUGGCGAUGAGUUUCGAGUGGCCGUGGCAGUACCGCUUCCCGCCCUUCUUUACGUUACAGCCGAACGUGGACACUCGGCAGAAGCAACUGGCUGCCUGGUGCUCGCUGGUCCUGUCUUUCUGCCGCCUGCACAAACAGUCCAGCAUGACGGUGAUGGAAGCGCAGGAGAGCCCACUCUUCAACAACGUCAAGCUACAGCGGAAACUUCCUGUGGAAUCAAUUCAGAUUGUGUUAGAGGAACUAAGGAAGAAAGGGAAUCUCGAGUGGUUGGAUAAGAACAAAUCUAGCUUCCUGAUCAUGUGGCGGAGGCCAGAAGAAUGGGGGAAACUCAUUUAUCAGUGGGUUUCCAGGAGUGGCCAAAAUAACUCUGUAUUUACCCUGUAUGAACUGACCAAUGGGGAGGACACAGAGGAUGAGGAGUUCCAUGGUCUGGAUGAGGCAACCCUACUUCGGGCUCUGCAGGCUCUACAGCAGGAGCACAAGGCUGAGAUCAUCACCGUCAGCGAUGGCCGUGGUGUCAAGUUCUUCUAGAAGAGACUUGUCUCUCUUUACUUCUUACCUCCCACCCUUCUAGGGCUUUCAAAAAAAGACAGACUUAGUAUCCCCACAGACUGGAUCUGUGACUUCACUAGAUUUAAAAGGGCUCUAGUCCUGAAGGCUGAGCCCCAGGGAUGAGUAUCCUGCUACCCCAUAUGUCUGUCCCUGGGAUGGGUGAGUCCAAGGUGCCAAGGAGAAAAGAUAUGCUUCUUUGUGCCCUACCUCCUCUCCCAUCCUAGACUGUCCCUGAGCCAGGGUCUGUAAACCGACACUUUACAUGUGUCCACACAAGUAAGUACAUAUACAUAUGCAUCUGCACAAGUUUCUGUCUCCACCUUGCUGCUGUUGCCUCCUUUCUCAGGCUGAUGCUUGGUCCUUCCUAGGGAAUGAGAAGCCCUGGCUGCAGGCAGCCUUCCAGGCAAUAUGAAGAUAGGAGGCUCCAGAAGGGACCUGGCCAUGAGAGGCAGGUCUGACCCUGAUUUAUGAUAUUAAAAUCUUAAAUC